AUGACGGAGAUAUUUAUGCCCACUCGGUUCGCCGGAGGACGCCGCCGCCACGGAGAUGGCGAACUAGGAGGAGGAGGUGCCAGGCUCGCAAGGGGCAACGUCGUCUACGCCGGCACACUCCAUCGCUCGCCCUCCAAGCACCCACCUUUCCCUUCCUCCGGCGGCACCGCCGUGCUCUGCCUGGCCCGGCGAGCCGACGGUGACGACCGCAACGCCGAGAAAGCUGGCGGAGCGGGAGCUGGCGGUAACGCAGGAGUUCAUCGCGUCGGCAGCGGCAUGGAAGGCGCGGGAGCCGGCGUCGACCACCCCAACAGCACGUCGAGCCAGCACCGCCCAGCACGGCGAGCCCAGGAGCUGAAACGGGUGUUCUUACUGCCAUUGUUCAAGGUAUCAUCCUGGGGACUUAUGCUUUGGCUCGGUUACAGCGUUUUCUAUGUCACCGUGAAGAAUUUACUGGGCAAGUACUUGAAAGAUGAUGUUGUGUAUGCUCAGUUGUAUGCCUUCAUUAAGAAGCUGGUAAUGGCUGCUAUGAAGGAUCAAGAAAUUAGGGAAGUGGUGUCGGCAACCAUAAUAGACAUUGUUCCUCGUUCCCUUGAGCCAAUAAAUCCAAUCUUACAGUUCAGGGAGUUGAGUCAGGUGAGGUUCUAUUGUUACUGUAGCUUCAUAUGUUUGUUGUGGUACUACUACCUGAAGAAAUGAAGCCUCGUCUUUAGUUCUCGUAUGAUUGAUUAAGGGCUCAGCUGUCUGUACCUUGAUGUUGAUUGAUAAAGUGGAUGUAGCUUGCGGACAUUGAG